AUGACCGUCACGAGGAGCCAGACGGGCAAGACGCCCAGAAAGCCUGAACUGCCCGAGGGCUAUGUCGAAACACCGUCGAGAAAGCGUUCGUCGCGCAGCAAGACAGCCGACUCGGCUCGUACUGCCUCGCCGUCGCCCUCAAUCGUCGGCUCCAGGACUCCCCUUGUCGACGCCCCUGCCAGCGAGGUCAAGAACAACAGGCACGCCAAUGGCUUGUCCAAGAAGGAGAGGAAGCCGCGCAUCAUCGAUGGCUGGUUGGAGGGUACCGACCCCAAGGUGGACGCGGAUCCUCACUACGAGUUUGGUGGCAGCGCCGGAGUCACUGCCAUGAUGAUCGGUUUCCCCAUCCUCAUGUGGUACAUGUGGGUUGGCGCAACCUACUACGAUGGCGGCUUCCCUAAGCGCGAGUCUUGCGAUCAAUCGUGGUCCGACUUUGGCAAGCAGCUUUUCAGCCUGGCAUACAACGGUGCCUUCCCUCACGCCAGGGCAUGGAUCAUCUACUGGACCUUCUUCGUCGUCGAGGGCAUCUUGUAUCUGGUCAUGCCUGGUGUUUACUCAAAGGGCAAGCCUCUGCCUCACAUGGGCGACAAGCAACUUGUCUACUAUUGCUCCGGUGUCUGGUCUUUUUACCUCACCAUUGUUGCCGCCUUGACUCUCCACGUCACUGGCCUUUUCAAGCUCUACACCCUGAUCGACGAGUUCGGCCCUAUCAUGUCAGUCGCUAUCCUCUCAGGCUUCAUCGUCUCAGUUGUUGCCUACGUCUCUGCUUUCAUGCGUGGUGCUCAGCACAGAAUGACUGGCCACCACAUCUACGACUUCUUCAUGGGAGCCGAGUUGAACCCUCGUAUGUUUGGCUUGCUCGAUUUCAAGAUGUUCUUCGAGGUCCGCCUGCCUUGGUUCAUCUUGUUCCUUGUCACGCUCGGAGGAUGCGCUCGUCAGUACGAGAUGUACGGCUAUGUCACUGGCGAGAUGGCUUUCUUGCUCAUGGCUCAUUUCUUGUACGCCAAUGCCUGCUGCAAGGGUGAAGAGAUGAUCCCCACCACUUGGGACAUGUACUACGAGAAGUGGGGUUUCAUGCUCAUCUUCUGGAACUUGGCUGGUGUGCCCUUAUCCUACUGCCACUGCACCAUCUUCCUGGCCAACCACAACCCUGAGGUGUACUCGCACUCCUGGCCCGUUCUCGCCUGGUUCUUCACCAGCUACCUCUUCGCCUACUGGGUAUGGGACACCGGCAACUCGCAGAAGAACAUGUUUCGUGCCCAAGAGCGUGGCUACGAGCUCAACCGCAAGACCUUCCCUCAACUCCCCUGGAAGGCCGUCAAGAACCCCCAGAAGAUCGAUACCGACACUGGCAACGCUCUUCUCUGCGAUGGCUGGUACAAGUACGCUCGCAAGAUCCACUACACCUGCGACAUGUACUUUGCUCUUUGCUGGGGCAUGAUCACGGGCUUCAACUCGCCUUUCCCUUGGUUCUACCCUGUCUUCUUUGGACUCAUGAUUGUGCACCGUGCCAGUCGUGAUAUUCAGCGUUGCAAGGAGAAGUACGGCGAUGCUUGGAAGGAAUAUGAGAGACGUUGCCCUUACCUUUUCAUCCCUUACGUCUUCUAA